AGACAACUCCCAUCUUCUGCAUCGGGUAUUACCCCUAUUGAUGGCAUGUCUCAUCCGAUCUACAACGCUCUAAUACGAACUCAUCACAUAACUUCCCGCAAGAAAGUGGCCAAGUUGAAAGCUGCUGCAUCCAACUGUCACAUAUACGCUCUACUACGGUAUGGUGGCUGUCCAGGCAUCAUGUAUUGCCAAGGCUCUGAAACAGGUGUAAAGGAAUGGGUAGCAAGCGUUCAGAGGCUGCGUUACAAGGAUUUUCAGCUGGUAAAGAAGCCUGCCGGAAAGGGGGUUGAAGAGAAAGAGGCGGAAGACCACGUCGCGUAUGGAAAAUUAGAAGAAGUGGAGAGCGUGAAAGACUUCGGGAUUAGUAUGCAGAGGAUGGGUGUCUGGAGCUGGUGGAGGAAGGGCAUGGGCUACGUUGGUGACGACUCAAGCUUCUAACUACUGGAAGUUAUGAUCUUGCAAUCACUGAAGGAGUCGGUAAAGGAACUUCCACGAUACGUGAAGUCAUUACCUCAGAUCCGGUGGCGAAUAGACGACGUCGGAGAAGAUGGUAUCGUUCAAGCUUCUCUCACCUGUCUGCCAGAUUCGGCU